AUGGCGUCGGUCGGCAUGGGGGGCUUCUAUCGCCAGAAGAAGAGAGGAGGAAUCGCCAAGCCCACCCUCAAGCGGAGUAGCACCGGCAAGUCCGCCGCCAUCGCCUUGUCCUUCACCGAUCCGGACCAAAGCCCCGUCCUCGGUACCCUAUCUUCCACCCCCAGUUUCUUAUACUAUGCUUUACAUUCAUCGCCGAUCUCGUCCACUUACGACCCGAUGGUAGGGGCUAUUGCGGAGCACGGGAAGACAGCGUCGGCGGCGGCAUUCGAGGAGGAGAGGCUGCGGCAGUUCGAUCUGGACAUGAGGUAUGGUCCCUGCCUGGGACUCAGCCGGAUGGAGCGGUGGGACCGGGCGGCCGCCAUGGGGCUGAACCCGCCGGGUGAUGUGGAAGCCAUCCUUCUGAAGUCGUCCGACGCCGCUGCCGAUUGCCACUGGGAGGGACGAAUCUAA